UGUCGCGAAUGUGCUUUUUGCUCGCGCCUGGAGAUUGCAGUAUCUGUGAAGCGUCUUUUACCUCAAGAAACAUCAAAAUCACCAAGAAACUGACGGAUUCCGUCUCUAAUCUCUGCGCAGUUUGCUCAUGCGGUAUUAAAGGCGUCUGAAAAUGUCGUUUCAUGUUGGUCGUGGAGCUCCGAGGGGAAGACCAGCAGCUCCAGGGCAGAUGUACCACCCCAGUCCUCCGCGGUAUCACUACGAUCCUCCGGCCGGCCCUGCUCCUGUAUAUAACCAUCCUGGCUGCAGCGGUUACAUGCCGCCACCUCCUCCUCCUCCUGACCUCAUGCCUUUUCACUUUCCUGCACCGUUACAAGGCCCUAACGCCCUGCCCCAGUGCCCCGUACGACCUCCAGUGUUCCCAGAGCGCCCGCCUUUUCUUCCACCCGCUCCUCACGGCUCUGACUGCUCUGCUCAGCUCCCGCCUCAGAGCUCCUACUCCUACAUGAUGCCCCCGGUUACCUCGCUGCCCCUGACACGGAUGCCACCCCCACCGCUGCCCUCUAUGUCCUAUCCGCCCUCAUAUCCAAUGAGCUACCCUCCCCAACCACAGGUCCCUCCUCCGCCCAGUUUCAGUCACUCUUAUGCUCCGCCUGGGGGCUCGUUCAAACCCGACCUUCCUCCGCAGUACAAGCCGGACAGUUGCGCCCGCUCGCCUGAGAGGCUCCGUCACCAUGACGGCCACCGGCACAGGGGCCAUGGCUACGGAGCAUACGGAGGCAGAGAGAGAGAGAGAGACAGAGGACGCAGUCCUGAGCGCAGACGGUCAGAUAGCCCGCGGUACAAAGGAGACUACGACAGGGGCCGUGUUGCACAGAGACAUCGCAGCAGAGAGCACUAUCGCCAUAGAGAUGAGCGAUGCUCUCCCCCCUCGGACAGACACAGAAAACACGCUCGCACCCGCUCGAGCAGUCGAGAGAGAAAACGCCGGCGCGUGGAGGUGGAGAAAGAGAGGAGAACAGAUGCAGGCACGAGCAGCAGAGAGAAAUCUGUGAGCAGCAGAAGAGACGCAGAUGAGAUGUCCAGUGAACGUCACGUGGAGGAGAAAGGAGAGGAGGAUUCACUGAAACCCGCCUGGAUCCGCUGCACGCACGCUGAGAGCUACUACUCCAAUGAUCCAAUGGAUCAAGUGGGUGACUCUACGGUUGUGGGUACGAGUAAGCUGAGAGAUCUGUAUGAGAGGUUUGAAGAAGAGCUCGGCCGGAGACAGGAACGCACUAAAUCCAGUCGACCUAAAUGGCAGCCACCCAAAACCAAACUGGACCAGGAUGAAGAUGAGAGCUCCAGUGAAUCAGAGUGUGAGUCUGAUGAAGGUGGCAGCAGUUGUUCGAGCAGUUCAGACUCUGAGGUGUUUGACGUCAUCGCUGAGAUCAAGAGGAAGAAAGCUCAUCCUGAUCGUCUACAUGAGGAGUUGUGGUAUAAUGAUCCGGGACAGAUGAAUGAUGGUCCCUUGUGUAAGUGCAGUGCUAAAGCCAGACGUACUGGAAUCCGUCACAGUAUUUAUCCUGGUGAAGAGCCGGUGAACACGUGUCGACCGAUGAACAACAACGCUGGCAAACUGUUUCACUACAGAAUCACUGUGUCCCCGCCCACCAACUUCCUGACGGACAGACCCACAGUGAUUGAAUAUGAUGAUCAUGAGUAUCUGUUUGAGGGGUUCUCACUCUUCUCUCACACACCUCUCACUAAUAUUCCUCUGUGUCAAGUUAUUCGUUUCAACAUUGACUACACCAUUCACUUCAUCGAGGAGAUGUCACCUGAGAACUACUGUGUCAAGGGUCUGGAGCUUUUCUCCUCGUAUCUCUUCAGAGACAUUCUAGAGCUCUACGACUGGAACCUAACAGGUCCUGAAGAUGAAGCACCUCAAGGUUGUCAGAGAUUUCAUUUCAUGCCGCGCUUUGUUCGCUUCCUCCCAGAUGGAGGUAAGGAGGUGCUGUCCAUGCAUCAGGUGUUGUUGUACAUGCUGCACAGCAGUAAGCCGCUGGUUCCCGCUGAAGAGAUCGCAAACAUGUUACAGUGGGAGGAGCUGGAGUGGCAGAAGUACGCUGAAGAGUGCAAGGGCAUGAUCGUCACCAACCCUGGCAUGAAACCAAGUUCAGUGAGGAUCGAUCAGUUAGAUCGGGAGCAGUUCAACUCCAGCGUCAUCACUUUCCCCAUCAUCGUUCAUUUCGGCAUCCGGCCGGCUCAGCUCAGUUACGCUGGAGACCCGCAGUAUCAAAAGUUGUGGAAGAGUUACGUGAAGCUGCGUCACCUGCUGGCCAACAGCCCGAAGGUGAAACAGAUUGAUAAACAGAAGUUAACACAACGAGAGGAAGCUCUGCAGAAGAUCCGUCAGAAGAACACAAUGAGACGAGAGGUGACUGUGGAGCUCAGCAGUCAGAGCUUCUGGAGAACUGGUGUCCGCUCUGAUAUCUGCCAGCACGCUAUGAUGCUGCCGGUUCUCACUCAUCACAUCCGCUAUCAUCGGUGUCUGAUGCAUCUGGACGAUCUGAUCGGUUACAGGUUUAAAGAGCGCUGUCUGCUGCAGUUGGCAAUGACUCACCCCAGUCAUCAUCUGAAUUUCGGGAUGAACCCCGAUCACGCUCGUAACUCUCUGUCCAACUGCGGCAUACGGCAGCCCAAGUACGGCGACCGGAAAGUGCAUCACAUGUACAUGAGGAAGAAGGGAAUUAACACCUUAAUCAACAUCAUGUCACGUCUGGGCCAGGAUGACCCGUCGCCCUCCAGAAUCAAUCAUAAUGAGCGGCUGGAGUUUCUGGGUGAUGCAGUCGUUGAGUUUCUCACCAGCGUGCAUCUCUUCUAUCUCUUUCCGAACCUGGAGGAGGGCGGACUCGCCACAUACCGCACAGCAAUCGUUCAGAAUCAGCAUCUCGCUAUGCUUGCUAAGAAACUGGAGCUGGAUCGGUUCAUGUUAUAUGCUCACGGGCCGGAUCUGUGUCGAGAGUCAGACCUCAGACACGCCAUGGCCAACUGUUUUGAAGCUCUGAUUGGUGCUGUUUAUCUAGAAGGAGGUUUAAAAGAAGCCAAGCUGCUGUUUGGUCGACUGUUGUUCAACACUGAGGACCUGAGGGAGGUUUGGCUCAACUUCCCACCUCAUCCUUUACAGGUUCAGGAGCCCUUGACAGACAGACAGUUGAUCGAGUCGUCUCCAGUCUUGCAGAAACUCACGGGUUUUGAGGAGGCUAUUGGAGUUUUGUUCACUCAUGUGCGUCUCCUCGCUCGAGCGUUUACUCUGAGAACCGUGGGCUUCAAUCAUCUCACACUGGGGCACAACCAGCGGAUGGAGUUUCUGGGAGAUUCUAUCAUGCAGCUGGUGGCGACGGAGUAUCUGUUCAUCCACUUCCCUGAUCAUCAUGAAGGACAUCUCACUCUUCUGCGCAGCUCCUUGGUGAAUAAUCGCACACAGGCGAAGGUUGCAGAAGAGUUGGGCAUGCAGGAACACGCCAUCACCAAUGACAAAACCAAACGCCCUGUUGCCCUGAGGACCAAGACUCUGGCCGAUCUGCUCGAGUGGGGCAGUCGAGUCGGACUCAUGAUCAGAAGGUUGCCGGUUCGAUGCCAGGGCUGGCGGGUAACGACUGAGGAGCCCUUGAGCAAGGCACCUAACCCUCACUUGCUCCCCGGGCGCUGCAGUGAUAGCUGCCCACUGCUCCGGGUGUACGUGUGGUCACCACUUGCUGUGCGUGUGUUCACUACUCUCUGGAUGGGUUAAAUGCAGAGGUCACAUUUCGUUGCCUUGUACUUGUACAUGUGCAAUGACAAUAAAGUUGAAUCUAAAUGUGCGUUCUGUGCCGCAAUGUCCAAAGAAUGAAGAAUUACUACAUUAUUUUACAACUUACGAGGAGUAAUAUACAAUUGUAUUAACGUGACAGCAAUAUGGCCUGUAAAUGUGACCUCUGGAGGACACAACAUCUGAAACGAGCUGCUGAUUGAGUUAUAUUUGCAAACAACAAAACCACUGCAAACCUAUAAAUGAUCAGAUAAACGUACAGUGUAAGAGUUGAUGCUGUCCACUACACUCCUGUGAGUGUCUGACCACUCCUGUGAGCGUGGAGUUUGAGGAGGGGCGGGGAAAACACUCUCCAAUAGUUUGAAUUUGGACUGCGAUACCAAGCUCAACCGCUAGGUGUCAAUGUUACAUAUUUGAUAUUUAAUGUGUGGUAUGGCAAACUGGAGCGGUUAAGGUGACUGGAUGAUCAUGAGUUGUUAUUAUUUGUGAAUAUCUGGCCUAUCAGAAUCCGUUUUUUCAGCGAUUUUAAAUUUACAGCCAUCACAUGUUCUUCAUGCUUGUGUUCUGUAAUAUAAUCCCAUUCUUCUCACUUUUAGUUCUUGCUCUGUUUAUUUUUCCCAGCAUUCAUUGCAGCUCUGUACAUAGAUAAAGACCUGGAGUACGUGC